AUGAACGGGACCAAAACUGCUGUCGCAUCUGUAUCCAUCACUCAACAUGUGUGGUCGACAUCAUUGGCGUUCAUCGAGGAUCUUUUUCAGUUCAUAUACUCAGAAUUCGGCAAUGAACCCAACGCGAAGUAUGGAGCAUAUCAGCGCGCGUGUCGCUUCGGUGAUCCUGUAACCGAGCGCAUUGGGAAGCUGAUCGGAGCUUUAAAGAGCUUUGCCUCCGGUGCUUGCAAGUUCCUCAUUCUCGACGGAUACGAUCGCAUCAACGAAGCAUUACAGUCGAUUGUCGAUACACACUUAUCCGCUCUGGAACCCAGCGGCUUCAAGGUGAUGAUCACACGAAGGGUUCCAGCGUUCUCUAUGUCCAUCAAUCCGUAUUGCGAUGAAUGCAAGCAGGACUACCUGGAGCUCUGGUGGGAAUGUUCACAUUGCAACGAGUUCGAUCUUUGUUAUGACUGUGAAAAGAAGAAACAUCGGGAAGAACCUCACAUAUGCCCAGUGAAUGGUUUCAAAGAACCCUAUCAGCAUGUCAGCAUUAAGUUGGGUCACUUCAACAUGAAGCGCUUGCUCGAAGAAAGACUGAGCAUGCACUAUCGCGAUAUUUACCCCGAGAACACGAUUCGCAUUGUUAAGUAUAUUGAUUCAAAAGCUGGUGGCAACAUAACACUUGCGUUGUUAUAUUUGGAAGAUAUCUUUGCCCGCGACCAGAUCGCUACCUUCAGCAUAGAUCGAGUUGACGACAGGCUGCCCAGGGACGUCAUUGCUUAUUUUGACACCGAGAUGAACUUCAUCGAAAGCAAGAUGGAACCCGAGCGCCUGCCUCCGAUAUAUGCAAUUGGUGCCGCUGCAGAUCAUUCGCAUGGAAUUUCUCUGGACGCACUAGAACAGUGUAUACGCCUUGCCCAGAUCACUUGUUCGAAUUUAGAUUAUCCCAGGUCUGUUGAAGACGUCUUCACCGCAGCAAAUGGAUGGCUUACUGAUCCACGCACUGGAGAUCGAAAGGUGGAUGUAUGCUGCAAACCCGCCUUCACUUUAUACGUGCAAGAGAAGUACAAUGAUUCGCUAGAACGGGCGAGGCACCAUGUCAAAUCUACGGCAGAGAAAACGUCUAGUGCUACCCUGUUACAUGAGUUCCGAGAGACAUCCUCAUCAGACGAGACACCUGAUCUCUUAGGAAGCACAUUCGACACGUUGGCAAGCGACAGGCCUCCCCCGACACCGCUCAUGAGCCUCGAAGAUGGCCUUCGUAUCCGUGAGCUGGAAGGCACCUUUGGCCAGGCAUCAUUCCUCGGCAAGGGCGAAGGGCUAGUCCAAUCGCCGCCUAGGAUCAACAGCGCUGAACAUGUACCGCAAGCGUUUCAGGGCAUAUCUCCGCGCCAUAAGCCUGAAGGAAAAGUCACGCAAUCAAAGCUAGCUCCAGCGCAGUCGCCAGUGAGACUGUGCGACUUUUGCGUCAGCAAUGUAUUAGAUUGCGAUGCUUCAUCCGGACAACAUCGUCUCUCAAUUGAUGGUACAAAAAGUGCUACGUAUCAAUGCACAAUUUGCAGCUCGCUCUACGCCAACGUGGAAGAUUUUGUAUUGAAUGCCGAAAACUGGCCAUUGUAUCACUGGACCCUACGAGCACUACCACGCGGCAGAGAGCUAAGAGGAUCGAUGAUGUUACGGUUUUGGUCUUCUCAUCCGAAAGUUCCAACCAAGUCUUUCCGAAUUCUACCAGGAACCGAUCUGUAUGUGCCUAUUCCCGAGGAUCUACAAGACACAACGGAUCCAGCACGCAGUGGUGGGGAUCAAAUCAGCAGAUGGAUGGACACUUGUAUGCGCGAUCAUCAAGACUGCAGCAAAUCCUGGCACGACCAGCGAUCCAAGCCGUCCUUCCUACCGACGCGGCUUCUGGAUGUUGACACUGGAGAUGACGACAUCAUUCGCUUGGUAGAUACCAAAACAACGAAAGUCAAGGGCCCUUACUGCACGUUGAGCCACGCGUGGGGACCACGAGAGAAACCGUUCCUCACUACCACCGUGUGGAACAUGGCCAAGCAUCUGAUCACAGGCAUCUCCCUGGAUGAACUUCCACGUAACUUCCAACACGCAAUACACGUGACCCGCUUCUUGAAGGUGCGGUAUAUUUGGAUCGAUAGUCUUGCGAUCGUUCAGGAACCUUUCGGUGACUUUGUAAAAGAGGCCGAUCUCAUGCACAGGGUGUAUCGGUACUCGCAUUGCAAUAUCGUUGCAGCGGACUCAAAGGAUGCACACGGCGGUCUGUUCAAGACGCGAAAACCCCACGAAAUCCUUCCGGCCACAUACCAGGGGACUAAUGCGCUUCAUGAUUUGGGGGAGAAGACUUGGACUAUUGUCCCGGCGGAUCUAUGGGAGAUGGAACUUCUAGGCUCCGUCAUAUAUGGCCGUGCAUGGGUCUUUCAAGUCGCAUCUAACGCAAUGAUCGGCGUCAACGACAACGAAAGCUCCUACACUUUCUGGAUGUCUGCAGUACAAAACUACACGAAAUGUGAACUGACGAAUCAAGGCGACAAGACGAUCGCAAUCUGGAGUAUCGCAAAACUGCUACGCGAUUUCAUGAACGAGCAAUACGCUGUGGGUAUGUGGUCUGAGGCGCUUGAGGAGCAACUGGCUUGGCGAGUACGGGACACGAAGUCGUGUAAGAGGAUACCGGAGCUCGAUGCCAAUAUCCCUAGCUGGUCAUGGGCAAGUAUCAAGGGUGCUGUUGUGCCUCAACACCGACUGGCCAUACGAUCAUACAGGAUUACAGAUCAUUAUGGAGCUGCCGUCAGGUUUGCGGUCAAUGAAGAGACCAGGCAAGGCGACAAGGAGCCUAUAUUAGAGAGCAGAGCAUUAGCACUGAAGGCCCACACGAACACUGCGCGACUGGACAAAGUGAAAGAGGACGAAUACCGUCUCCAUUGUUUCCGCAGAUCCUCUAGCGACGCUAAUGGACUGGAUGUUUUUCUCGACACCCCGCUAGCGACUACACACUUCUAUCCAGGAUGGUGUGCAGUCAUCAUCCUCGCCGCAUCCCCCACUCCAAACACCACCCACGCCCCCCACUCACCCCAACCUCCUCUCCCGCAAGCGCCCCAGACCUACUCCGGAGUAGGCCUCCUUCUCAUGAAACACUCUACCUGGUUCGCCGAGCAAGAACGGCUGUACCAAGAAUACAAAAGCGCACUAGCAGGCGUGGAACCUUCCCGAGAACAAAGAUGGCGGCUGGAUGCCUUCGAAAAGCUCAUGUUGCAGCAGUCAGAGCGAGUCAUGAAGAUGGGAGAGAACAUUGAAAGCGUGUAUCGGCGGAUUGGAGCGCUGCAGUUCCGAGACAUGGAUGAGCGGGCUUUCAAUGAGAUGACGGAUGACCGGAUAAGGGAGGAUAUUUGGUUGGAGUGA